UUGUUCAGAUUAGCUAUUCAUGAGAGGGAGAGGGAAGAAGAACGGCGUCGAAGGGCUAAACUGGCAAGGCAGCCAUCGGUGAGUACAAAAUACUGUGAUUUUUUAUCUGUUAGAUGUGUUGGUCCUUACUUCAAAAAGAACAUCUCAUACAUUCCCUUUGGGCCUAACAGUGCAAGCAAUAUAUUGCUUGACCGUCGACAACCUCAUCAAUUGUGAUUAUGUAAUCCUCUGUGGGAGGGAUGAAAAUCUUAACACAUUUUAGUAUUCACUACUUGGUUAGGGUCAGUUACCAAGUGUUUGCACCCCCCAUGGAUCAAACCUGCAACCUCCCACACUGCUGUCCAUCACUUUGUCAAUUUAGCUGCAUGUCUCCCUGUCAUGGGCACAAAACUGGACUGUUUUUAUAUUGCUUUGUUUUGGGGUAUGGUUGUAUACAUUGACGAGUUUGAAAUGAAGGAAUAUAAAAUUCAUUGAAGCCCAAAAAAUACUUGAACAACCACAGUUAGCGAUCAAAACAGAGUAAAGAAAAUAAUAUAAUAUCUAAUGUAAUAAUAGUAAUUUUUACCAUUUAAAAAAUGAAAGUAUUGCUUGUUACCUAGGAAACUUGGAUUGAUUUAUACAAUCUAACAGUGAUAAAUCUAUUAUUAAAGUAGUUAUUUUGUUUUAGUUUUUCCCAUGACACUGUGGUUAUUUAAAAUAAUCCCUUAAAAUGUAGAAAUAAACUUUACAUUUGUAUCAAGCUUUUCAUCUCAAUCAACAUUGUCUGUACCAUUUUUGUGUUAAAAAAUGUUAACCCUUUUAAUUUGUCGUCCUCCAGGGCUAUCAUUAAGAGUCGGGGGCCGGGAUUUUCCCAAGCUAUUAUGAAUGUGACCUCCACCUACCUGUGUACGAAAAUAGAAGAAAUAUAGAACCAAACAAAAUGUAAUAAUAGUAAUUUUUACCAUUUAAAAAAUGAAAGUAUUGCUUGUUACCUAGGAAACUUGGAUUGAUUUAUACAAUCUAACAGUGAUAAAUCUAUUAUUAAAGUAGUUAUUUUGUUUUAGUUUUUCCCAUGACACUGUGAUUAUUUAAAACAAUGCCUUAAAUUGUAGAAAUAAACAGCUUUACAUUUGUAUCAAGCUUUUCAUCUCAAUCAACAUUGUCUGUACCAUUUUUGUGUAAAAAAGUGUUAACCCUUUUAAUUUGUCGUCCUCCAGGGCUGUCACUAAGAGUCGGGGGCCAUGGAUUUUCCCCAGCUAUUAUGAAUGUGACCUCCGCCUACCUUUGUAGGAAAAUAGAAGAAAUAUAGAACCAAACAAAAUGUAAUAAUAGUAAUUUUUACCAUUUUAAAAAUGAAAGUAAUGCUUGUUACCAAGGAAACUUGGAUUGACUUAUACAAUCUAACAGUGAUAAAUCUAUUAUUAAAGUAGUUAUUUUGUUUUAGUUUCUCCCAUGACACUGUGAUUAUUUAAAACAAUGCCUUAAAAUGUAGAAAUAAACAGCUUUACAUUUGUAUCAAGCUUUUCAUCUCAAUCAACAUUGUCUGUACCAUUUUUGUGUAAAAAAAUGUUAACCCUUUUAAUUUGUCGUCCUCCAGGGCUGUCAUUAAGAGUCAGGGGCCAUGGAUUUUCCCCAGCUAUUAUGAACGUGACCUCCGCCUACCUUUGUAGGAAAAUAGAAGAAAUAUAGAACCGAACAAAAUCCCUAGCUGUUGGACUCCCCGCCUACUUGUAUCAUUAGCCUGGCAACUUGAAAUUUUAAUGACAGCUUUGUCUUCAGUGGAGAAAAUACAAUUUAUUCCAUCCUCUUUCCUUCUUUUGAAAGACAAUGUCAUUGCAUGAGGAGAACUGAUUAGUUUUUGUUAGGAAUUAUUAAUACAAGUUAUUAAAAUAAGUCUCUUAAUAGUUUAAUAAUGCACAGUGUUGAGUAACAUAAAAGUUGCUGGGAUACUGACACAGCGUAAUAAAGUAGCAAUUGCUUUGCAUCAUGUAUGUGUGGAUCCUUGUCCAUAUAUGAUGCUGCUACUGUUUCAGUGUACAUAUGCCUCAAAAGUAUAAACAGUAAACAACUCUCUGAAGUUUUGGACCAUUGUUUUGUUCCCAACAAGGUUUAUAUCACACAUGUGGGGUGUUUUCAUUCCUCCAUGCGACAAUCACCUUUGUCUUACAGAUAUCGGCGCUUUUCUUGUGGUGUGGUUGAUGUAACACAUUUCGCUCCACAGUCAAUAAUACUGUUUUGAAAUGCGAAAUUGCCCACUUAUUUUCAUGCUCCUCUUAUUUGGCAACUAAUGUUUAGUUUUUUUUUCUUCAUAUUUUUAGAACGCUGGUGAUAUUCCCCUAUUUGAAGAACCCAGAAGGGUAUGUGUUAUGUAAUGUGUUAAACACCUAAACUGGAUAUGCGGAGUAUUAUAUUACAUGUACAUUUCAAUUUUGUCUUCUGACCAUCAAACACAAACUCUGUGUUUGCUGGCUUGUUUCAACAAAUGUUCUUAGCACUUUCACGCCCAGGAUGAAUAUGAGUGUUGUAACAUGGCUUUAACUUUUGAGUCUGUUGAUGAAAACUUUUGGUCUGACCAUUCAAUUGACACCUCUUUGGCAGUUCUUUCACAUGGUACUAUUUGUUUUUCAGGGGAUUUUAUGAAAUGAAAUUUGGUAGUUUUGGUGAAUUUUGACUAAGGCCCUGUCUGGGAGUGAAUGGGUUAAUACCCAAUUAAAAAACUUACUUGAACUCAAACUCUUAGCAACUGUCUGUCUGUAACCAAAAAGGUUUGUUAUCUGCUCUGGUGAAGACAACCUUUCGGUCACAUAACCUGACAUUUCACAUCGCUGGUGAAGUUCGAGCAAUUUGAACAAAAUAUUCAAUUUUACUUCUAUUCUUCAAUUUGUUGCUCUGAGUUUAAAAUUUUCUAUGCUAAAUAAUGUUUUUCUUCUGUCUUCUGUAGUUGUGCUUUGUUUGUCUUCUCCAGUACUUAUCUUGUUACUCAUGUUGCUUGGUAGGUACAGCCAUCAACACAGGAUGCCCUCCAACAAAGAAUUCAGGUACAUUAGAUAAUUAUUAUCGUGUAAGUUCUUGUGGCAUUAAUCUUUUAGCUUUCUUAUAGAAAUCUGUUUAGUUCUGUAACUCCAAAGAGCAUGUACAACCAAAAAUUGAGGCAAAAAUUUGGUUUAAUCUGUUUUGUUAUCAUUUUGUUAAAUGCCAGUGAAGAUGAUAUUUUUACAUUUUCACAGAACUCAAACAUAGCACUCACAUUUUGUGUUUCCAUAUUGACCCAAGGCAAGGUUGAAACAACACAGCAUUAAUGACUGCAUUUCAGUCUUUGCUGUGCAUUUACAUUUGCCUUGAAAAAAAAAGAUGAAAGAGAAUCACAAGAAGAAACCUUCAAAGAUAGAGAGAAAAAAGGCUUCUUCUCCCCAAAAUUAAUUUGAAGGAAUCAGUCCAUGAGGUUAAAAGCUGAGAAGUACAGUGUAAGGAUCCAGCAUCUUUAGGUUUUACUACCAAGAAUAAAUUUCGCGUUCCUGAAACAUUUUUCUUGGGCACCUCAUGCUACUGGUCAAUAGCCCAAGGGUAUCGAGGUGUAGGAGGUGUUUACAUGUGGCCAAUAUGAGAACUGAUUGAAUUUCAGGAGAGCAUAAGUUAAUGUUUUGUCAUUGACAUUGAAAUAGUUGACAUGAGAUCCCCCAUUUCAAGGACUGUUUUCUAUAAUCCUUUUGUUGGAGUUUUGGGGUGGGGUGUGUUAGUUAGGCAUUUUUGUUUGUCGAGUGUUUACGUAAGUUCCCCUUUCAGUUGAAAUUUGUCUUCGUAAGUCAACCUCAAAAAAUGAGCAGCGUGCAAAGAAAGUAGUGUCCGAUAGCCGAAACCUUGUGGAUUUUGCUGUUCUCAACUUGCCAAAUGGGAAAGUGACAUUUUUUGAAAUUCAAAUUACAGAAAAACUGUAAUCGAUCCUGCUCAUUAAAUGUUUUUUUAGGGAUGUUUGAGGUAGUACGUGCAAGUAAUAGCUUGCCCAAAUGGCAAGCUGUAAAUUAAACAAACUUUCUUUACACCUUGAAUGAGUCUACCUUCAUGUACUGUGUAAAAAAAUGCAAAGAGCAGGAAUACAUUUCUUUCGUUUCUAAAGCUACAUGUAUUUAGAGGGUUGGGAGAAGGGAAGAUCACCAUUAUGAAAGACUACUGAAUUAGCAUGUCCACAUUUUAAGCUUUGAGUUGCUGAAGUGUAAACCACAUUAGGUGUUUCAGGAAAGUACAGUCAAUUCUCUUGUCACAAGAAAGCAUAACAAAAAGCUACCGAUCAGACUAUAAAAACUGUCAUCGAUCUAAAUUUCUUGAUUACAUGUUUGUUUCAAUAGGCCACUCUGGGCAAAUUUGACACAAUAGCACCGUCUGUAUUUCAAAAUCAAAAUCAUCUCUUUGGCAUCCCAAUUUCAAGACUUCCUCAAACUCCUGUUGAUGGCAAAAACAAGUUCAGCUUUGAUACAAAGAGUAAAGAUUACAAGAAAGUGUGUGAGUUUAAGAAAGCCAAGGCUCCCAACAUGAUAUCUAACUACCAGGAGACUUCAAAAAGAACACUCAAUAGCUCUAAUGUCAAAGUUAAAGAAGAGGUUAAUGGAACAAAGAAUCACAAAGCCAAUGGACUCUUGAAUGGCUCUGGACAUGGUGCCGCUAAAUCUUCUUUGGUGAUCAAAUCACAAGACUCUGCUGCCUCCUCAAAGAACUCUUCUCUGUCAAAUUUAAAAUCUCCACCUGUUGCAGAAAAAAACUCAUCCAAAGUGGAUUCGAAAAAAUUGGAAAUUAAGCCAGCUGUUAAUGGUGCAUUGAAGUUACACUCCAAAGACGUCAAACUUGAAGAAAAUUCAAAGGCUAAAGUUAAAGUGGAAAAGGAUGGAAAGGCCAAGAGUGAAAGUGAGAGUGAGAACAAUGAAGGUUCCAAAGGGCAGAUGCUUAAAUCAAAUGCAACCAGCAAGAGUAAACCUCCUAAGAUUAAGCUACCUGACAGGUACAAAAAGUGUUGGCAUUAAAAGUAUAUUUGCGAUGCUGUCACUGGUUUCCCCCGAAAUGACGUCUUUGGAACGACUGCAGAAAUUCCUUACUGAUGAUGUGCACUACCCAGGUCUUGGUAGUGCUUUUAAAUAGUUGUGCUAUGAGGGAAAUUAUUUGGCUGCAGUUAUCAGAAGCAUUAACCAGAUCUGGGUAGUGAAACAUAUCAGCACCAUGGCUGUGCUCUAAGAAGGGAUUCCAGUGCUCUGAAACUGUGAAAUCCAGGGUGCCCAACAUUAUGUUUUUUUUAAAAAAACUAAGAUUUUCUAGUUGUCAGGGAGCAAAAAUUAGGCAUCAGGGGCCAUUGGGCUCUGCUAGAGUACAGCCUUGUCAGUAUUGGAUUUCUGCAGUCGUUCCUCAGGCAUCAUUUCGCAGGGUAACCAGUUGUGGCAUCACAACAUGUUUUCUUAGGCUAAGUGGGUCAAAUGUGCAGGACUUGAGAAAUUGAGUGAAAAGUAUGAAAGAAAUUUUUCUCUGCAAUGUGUAUAAUGUACAUUGUUGGAAAACAGCUUUACUGGAAAACAUCACAUAGAUAGGGUAAACAUUUGGUAAACUUACUGUCAGUCAUAGAUUUUGGUACUUUUCCAUCUAAUAACAUGACAGUUUUGAUGGUCAGGAUUAAUAUUUGGAUUAAUAUUUAUAUUUUCUUGAGAUGUUGCAGUUUUUUUUUGUAGGCCUCAAUUCGAGCAAAACUUUUUGUGUGACUUUGCAUAUUACAUAUAUGCUAAUCAUCAGCCAGAAAAAUGUUUUGUCAGUUUAUCAGCAAUCCUUUGGAACUUGAAAAUGAUGUCAAGAUGGCACUGAAAUGUUCUGCAUUUUUUAAUAUCCGUGUUAUUUUUUACUUGUUUCUUUAUACAGUACUGCUCAAAAGUAAGUUACCAGUCGCGUCUCCUUUCCUGAAAGAUCAUUCUUUAUCACUUUUAACAGCUAUAGUCUUAUUAAUUUUUCACAUGUCAAAUUUUCAAAAUGGUUGUAAUAACCAUGGUCAACAUAAUUAUGAACACCUGAAUGAUUAUUCCUCUUUUUCUUCAACAGGAGUUUACCCACUGCUUCAGAAGAGGUGAGAAAAAGUCUCUUUCAUGACUUCAUGCAUAAACUUUACAGUUUUAGGCAUGGUUUAAGAGAAUCAUGGGAAUGUGUUAAAUUUGUGAAGUACUUGACUAUUAUUGCUACAAAUCUCUUCCACAAUACCGUUAUGGAGCCAACGAAAUGAGUGUUUGCAGAAAAUGAAUUACCCACAUGCUCCCCUUUGGAAGAUGAGGUUGGGGUUGGGGGUGGGGACUUCAAAGCUAAAAUUACAAAAGAAAAUUAUGGACCUAAACUGGAAUUUCCAGCAGGGUGGGGAGAGUUGCUGAUGCUACAGUGCUUUGUUUUUUAGAACAAAGAAUUUCUAGAAUUGAUAAUAAUAUUAUGGCCUUUUAAUGUGCUGUCAAUAGCAUUACCUAUCAGCAUUUUUUUAGUUGAAGCCCUUGUACACUGAUAAAGGCAGCACUUGACAAAAAAGAAAAACAACAGGUUGUGUAUAUUGUUAUGAUAUAUUAGCUGCAAACACUCAGGGCCAGUUUAUUUACAAUACAACUUUUGUAUUUUUUCAUUUUAUAAUACAGUGAAACCUGUAUCAGGCAGACACUGAUGGGACAUUCGCUGGUGUCCACUUAAUAGAGGUGUCUGCUGAAUACAGUUUUGUUGGGAAGAGACAUGAACAUACUCAGUUAUUUGUUCACUUAGUACAGUGUCUGCAGAAUACGGGGUCUGCUACAUGUAAAUACAGGAUUACCUGUAACUACAUAAGACCAUAUCCCCUGUAUCUAGAUUGUUUUACAUCUGGAAUGAUGCAGCUUUUCUUCAGUCAUUGUGUUAGUUUCAUAGAAAGACAGUGGUGAUGCAGUGUGUUAUGACUGCCACUUUUUGGACAUCAGAAUAAUUAUUGUUUCCUAAAAAUCUAUAACCAUAUCGAAUGGAGUGCAAUAUUUGCCCCUAAACAUUGAAUAAUUGCUGAAUAUUCAUGUAGCAACCCUGUUAUGUUUUGUUAUUAAGUCUACUGUGUUGUUGUAUUGCCAGUCCUUUUGUGUUUUCUUGUACAUAUUGUUGAUCUUCAAGACUCAAGUGUUUUUGUUGAAUUUGUUUUUUUUUCGUAUCCUACCUCUUAACUUGAUAAUACAUGUAUAGCCAUAAAGACCAGAUUACGGCCAAGUUGCAAGAAGUUCAUAGCCACUUAAAGGAAGUUUUGGAGAUCAAUCGAUAUCUUGUUAAGCGUGAUUGUCAUAUCUGUUUUCUUUUGUGGUUCACAUAGGUAGAAAACAGCUUUCAAAUAUUUUGUUUAGCAAAAGCGAUAACUUUGUUGAAUUUUCACCAACUACUGAAGCUGUUGAACUUAAAAAUUAAUAAUUUGAAGUAUGUGAAAAAUCACAACUCUUGACUUGUAAAUUUUAUUUACUUCCUAAAAAAUAAUUAUUUUUAGAAGAAAGCUCAUACACUUAAAUGUAUGGUUAUUAUAAAUAUUGUAUCCUCAAUUAAUUUUAUAAAAUAGUACCUUUUAUCUGCAUUUGUUUGUAACUUUUGUAUGAUGUGUAGAUUUUUAUCCAGUGAAGAAAGUUCACUGUCUAAUUUUUUGCCUAAAACCUUUCAAUAUCCUGAGAGUCAGAAAGUUUUAAUUUCAAGAAAACCUGAAAUUUUUAGCAUUGAAAAGUAUAUACUAACAGCUCUAUUGCAAAAGUUCUUCUAAGGAGUUUUCAGCUGAAUGCUCAUAUCAGGAUUAUUAAGUCUGCAAACUGAAAUAAAUGUAGAAAUCUCAAGGAAAAGGAUUUUGCCAAACUUGUAAUACAUCAAAGAGGCACUGUGAGUGGAGAAUGGCUUUUAUAGCAGCAGUUUGUCUUACACCAAUGUUAUCAUGUUUUACUAUGCUAGGAUUUUUAGGUCGGUUCCUGUGUGGGCAGCUGCUAUAUUUAACUAGUGAAUGAUUAUUUUUGGAUGGCAAACCCCCUCAGAAGCUAAAGCUUAGAGGCCUGUUUAGAAUCAUUAAUCAACUUGACACCGCACACAAAUCAUAAGCAUUGUCUUUUCAAAUGUACAAUGUAGUAGAUUGUACUCUUACAAAACCAUCAUAAAGUCGGAGAGAUCUCAUAUUGAUUGCAAUUAAUUUGGUUUAUUUUGGAUGAAAAUCUUCUAAACCUACAACACAUACAGCUGUAGCAGAUGCUAGCUGAAAAUUUAAUACUUUUUGCGUCUUGAAAAUGAAGAGAUCUGAUCUGAUCUGUUGUAAACAUUCUCAUUUAUUUUUAAUUUAGCAGCAGCAUAUGAGUGUUUUAACAAUGUGUUUUAAUUCCCUUUAAUGACAAAAAUUUGUGUUUUUUUUUAUGUUCACUUGAUUUAUUGAGUAUUCUGAUUAGCAUAAUAAACAAGAUGAAAUGUUCUUAGCUCAUUUGAAAAUAUAGUAUUCAACCAGCUGAGUGGAUCAGAACUCUAUUUUAAUUAAACCAGAUCGCUUUUCUUUGUGAAAUUAAAUGUGUGCAAAAUGUUAGCUGAUGAUAAGAGUUCUUGAUUAGAGCUGAAAACUGAACUCAGUGAUAACAUUUGAUGUAGUUGCCUUUUCUUGCUCAUGACAAAUAUGUUGCUCUUCCUUAACUAAUCUUCGAAGGCAAUAGUCAUGUGCCUUACAACUUUAAAGCUUUUAACUUUUUCCUUAUCAGUCAUGCGGCUUAAAAGUUACUGAAUUAAAAUGCUAAAUUUUCACGUUAACGUCUAAAAAGACCACUGGGUGAUUGACCAAAGGAGUCUGUGUACAAGGAGGUUUGUCUCAAAUACACAAAGAAGAUUUGUUACAAGAACCAACUGGAACAACACUUUUAUUGCUUCAAUCAUCCUUGGUUUGUUUUGUAGCUUUCAGAGAAUCAAGCUCAUUUCUAAACUUUGAAGUCAAAACACGAAAACCCGUCUUAAUUUAAUUUUUUUUUUUGCCUUCAAGAUAUAAUUUUGCAAUCCAUCCAUUAUCAGUGCUACCAAGAUACUCUACAAUAUUGACAGCGCUCUAACCAAUAGCAAUUCUGCUGUCAUUUUAGUCUCAGAGGCAGGUGCAGAGCAUAACCUAUCAAGUUAAUAAUUACACAAAACUUUACAUUACCAUGCCACUUUCAUCAGUGAAUGCAAUACCCUGUGUUUUCUGAAAAGGUUUUUAAUUUUUACAUUGUGGAUUCAUUUUUUAUAGAAAGAAGGGUAUCCUUUAUCCUCUUUUAAGUGCUCUAACAACUGUCUGGUAUUGUGGUUAGAUAUUUUUAAGCCUAAAAGUUAUUUCUUCGUAGAAGAAAACUAAGUACUCAAGAGAAAAAGGGCAGCUGUUUUAGUGAAUAAGAGAUAACUAGGACAGGAAUCUGAGCUUUUAAAUUUCCUGUGAUUCAGUUACUGUUUAAAAAACUGUCAAAUGUACUUCCUUUUUUCAUUGAUAUCUCUCUUUGAAAGAUUUUAAUUGGAAAAUCUAGCCCUUGCUGGGUGACUAUCAUAAAGUAAGGGCCACAUUUUCCUGUGGUUUAUCAGUAUAUGAGCACAUUUGGUUAUAUCUAAGUUAGUUACUCUAUGAUUUUACUUUUAAUUCUUUAGUAACUCAUUUUGUUCACUCCCUUUCAGGAAGAAAAUCAUUCUGUGAAUGAACCUGCCAAUGUGGAAAAGAUUAUUGCGGUAAUAAUAUCCUUACUGUCAUUUUUGGUACAGUGCCAAACAGUUUCCCUAGCUCUAUUAGAGAGAGAACAACAUUGAAAACCGUUUGAAAACUGUCUUGGUUAGUUUUGUCCCCAGACUUGCAUUUUAGAGACAAACUUGAAGAUUUUUAUGAUUAAUAUUGUGUACAAUAGGUAGCUUUGCCAUUUUAGUUGCUGAUCAAGUUUUGUUGAUUGUAAUUCUUCUAAUGGGGGAAUUGAAAGUUUGUAGUUUGGUUGUGAGUAAAUGCUGAUUUGCAUUUUUGUGCCUUGCAAUUAAUGGCAUAGAGGUCAAUAAUUACAGUGUAUUGCCAAACGGGAAAUCAGUUUAUUUUUAUGAAGUUUUCCAUUUAUUGUAAUAGGGAAAGGCAAAACAGUCUCACCCCAUUACCAAUAUGAGUUGUUCCAUAGUGUGAAAAUUACAUUUUUGACAUUCUGUAGUCCUUUAAUGUGAGUGUUUUUUACAGAAUGAGGAAGAAGAGACCAGCUGUGGUUCUCACUUUUGAGUUUGUCAAAGAGAUCCUAUGGCAUGGUGUUACAGUCUAUAAUUUGUUUGUUUGUUUUCUAUUUUAAAAAAAUAGAAAACGUUUUUUGUCUUCACAUAACCUGAUAUAAACACAACAGGGUGUGGGGAGAAUUCAAGACAGUUAUGCAAACCUCAGACUUAGUUGAGGGUACGCAAAACUUUUCAAGAUAUUGUCCCGAACCCUUCGAGUGUUUAUAUCACGCCAUGCAAGCACAGAAAAAUGUUUUCUAUUCCUUUUUAUAAAAUAACUUUCCCUAGAAAAAGAAGAAAAACUCUUUGUUUGUGGCAAAUGAAAGGGAAAUGGUUUGUAGUCAUUUAUAUCAUUGUACAAAAAAUAUGGCCAGUUCUUGUUUGGCAAAAGAGAGGCUUUUAUUUUCACUCAAAAUGCAGGCUGAUGCCAAAAAACUUCCAUACAGCAUGUUUGUACAGAUUUUUCAAGUCUCAAACCUCAAAGUUAUGGUUGAAUAGAGUAACUUGUUGAGUUUUUAGCUCAAAACUUCGUUCAAAAUUGUGGUUUCCUGAUCAGUGCCUGCACAGCAAAACAUGUUGAUGCUACAAUUGUGUUUACAUAAACUCAUGCAAACACACUCGUAGGGUAAUAAGAGCAUAAGACAAGUAAUGUUGUAGUUAUUGUAUGAAAAAUAACAUAAGUUUUUUUUUCCUUUCUAAAGGAAAUGCAACAGGUUGCCCCACCUCUAACCGGAAUUCACACACCGAACAAGGCAGGAAAUUCAGUCUUUGCAUUUGGACACCGAAAUAUCACCCAUGAGAGCUCUGUACCACUGAUUGGAACAUCAAAGAGAAAACCUAGCGGUAUGAGAUCUUAAAGUACAGUUCUAUUUUAUUCAAAGGGGUUGUGUCAUGUCUGUCUAGUUGAUUUUGUUAAUAUUGUCAAUUACACUUCCUUAGUUCUAUGCAUGGGACUUAACGUCAGCGAAGAAAUUACUUGUAAAUAACAAAUAACAAAUUAAUGAUAAAAUUUAUGUCUUCUCAAACAUUAUAUCAAAUGCCAUGAACAAUAAAAAUGAAAUUUGAAAAACUGUUAGACCAACAAGUUUUAAAAACUCACAAUUACUGCAAUCUGUUUUCUUCUUCUUUGAGUUUGUCUGUUUGUUUAUGUGUAUUUGACGUGUUCUUUUUGUUCCUUUGAUGGGAAAAUAGGUUCGAGUGAAGACUCUUUUUAACAGUCUGCAGUUUGAAUUGAAAAGAUCAAAAUAGAAAUAAUUUAAUGUCCAAAUUAAUUAGAAUCCUAAGGAUGAAAACCUACUUUUUUUGAAGUUUUACCUACUUAAUGAUUUUAAUGAAGAAACUUUUGAGUUAUUGUAAUUCAUGAGGUUGAUUCCUUUCUAAUUAAACAGAAAGCACAGAAGUUAAGAAAGAAAAUAGAAAUGGAGAAGUGCUAUUAACUGAUGACUUAAUGCUGACUGAUGAAAGCGAUGAUGAGCAUGUAAGCCUUGUUAUCAUUGUUAGUAGCCAUAAAUGUAAAUGUUGAGUCUGCUUUUGAAGGGGCGUGGCUUGAUGCCUAAGGAUGAGCAAUGGGUGGCAAAAUUAGUUGAGACUCUUUACCUCAAAGGGCAUUUCUGAUGUUUUAUGGACUUUAAAAGGGGAAAGGGGAAAGUGAAGGUUUCCCUCCUCCAUCCCCUCCAUAAAAUGUUGUGCCGCUAUUCCAGCUACCAACAGAAGACAACAAAGACCCCAACUGUGAAUGGAGUGGUGUGGGGAGGGGUGUCGAUUUUUGUUUCUCUGAAGUUACCCUCUUUGAGUUCAAUGUCUCAACAAUUAUUUUGUCGCUUUUGAGGGUAUUAAAUUAACUGAAAGAGCUUACAUAAUUUUCUGGGCUUCAAUCAGUGGGGAAACUCUUAUUAUAUUAGCUCAACACACACGUGCUGAAUAACGCAAUCCCCUCCUUUACCCCCAUCCUCUUCCUCCCGCUUCACAAGCAUAACUCUGAAGAAUAAUUUCUGACUUAACAGAGUGCUAAACUGGCACCAAUAUAAUUUAUGCAAGAUUUAUAUAGAAGGAUUCCUUAGAACCUUUAAUUCAUCAUUAUCCCCUUGUUGUUGAUCUGCCUAUCAUCGACAAAUUAGCCUUCAUUUAUCUUUUUUCUCUCUCUCUCUCUCUUCUAGGAACAUCAACCAAGCUCAGCACCCAAGACCAACAUGUGAGCAUUUAAUUUCUCAUCAAUUUUUUAUCGUGGGAAGGUUUUUUUGAUUUUGAUGUUGUACCUGCUGAGGUGUUUCUCAGUGAAACUGAAAAUAAUUUAUGAAAACAUGCUUUGGUGUUUCAUUAGGAUCUCUCGCCAUCGUUCACAUUCAACAUCUUCAAGUGGAAGUAGCAGUGAUGACAGUGAUACAGACAGUAGUGACAGUGAUAGUGAUUCCAGUGGCUCUGACACAAAUAACAAUACAAAAGACAAGAAGUCCAUCAAAUCACCCUUGAAAAGCCCUUCUUCAUCUCCAAAGGUAAGAGUGUUACUUGGUGAGAACUGUAAAAUUGAAUCACAGCUACAAACUAUUGUAGGCUGCCAUCUGAUUAUCAAGAUUGAAAGCCGUUUGUGGCUACAUGUUCUUGAAAGUCGUAUUUUUCAAGAAAAACUUCUACAGUAAAAUAAGCAAAUAAGAGCAUUUUCCAUCAGGGUUUCCAGAGCUUUUUUAUUAACUGUUUGUUAUGCUUGGCUUUAUCUCUCUUGAUCAACGCUUGAAAAAAUAUUCAUUUCAUGUAAUGUGAGAAGUCCAUAUUUAAGUUUGGGGGAAAAUCUGAUAGGCGAGUUGAGAACAUGCGGAUUCAUAAGUAGGUGGUGUAUUAUUAAGGAGCUUAAACAACCAUGACGGCAGUGGCUAUGAAAUCGUCACAUAAAAAGUGAAGUUGUGCUGCUUGAAACUUUAGGGCGCUUAUUCCAUCUCAUUUAAUUCGUCAAAUGCUGGCAAAUUUUUUGGGGGCUGAAUUCUAAAGGACUGUAUCAAAGUUCAGGAAAAUAUUAAAGUAUUUUUUUCUAAUUAAAAAUUGGCUUGUCCCACGGAUGAGUCAUGUCGAAGGUUUAUAUGUCUGAACUAAUCAACGGACGUGAUACAUCUCACUUUGACUCUAAAGAUGACUACUGCACAGGUUGCUGAAACGUCAGUCCCUGUCAACAUCAGGCCCAGGUUGUUUAAACUCUGGAUAGUGCUAUCCACCAGACCAGAUAAAUCACAAUCCAGCAGAUAAGUGUUUGGGAAACCGAUUGCACUUUUCAGUGGAUAGAGAUUUAUCCAGUGGAUAGCAUUAUCUACCUUUUGAACAACUGCACCAGCACGGUGUGCCAAAACCUAUGUCGGAUUGAAUUUGAAAAACUGUUAGGCAAACAAGUUUCAAAAACACACAAGUUCAAUCUGUUUUAAUCUUCUUCAGAUUUGUCCAUCCAUGCCUACUUUUGUAUUUGCAGUGUUAUUAAUAUGUUCUUUUAUCUUUUGAGCAAUAAUUUUUUUGUUUCCCUCAAUUUAGUGACCGUUCAUACUGUUAGAAUUUUGAUAAAAUUCGUGGUGCCGCUCCUUUUGCUUAUUAAUGAGGGUUGUUUUUUUCUUUUAGCCUGCCAGUGGAAGGAACUGGGAUUUAAAUCACUUUGUAAAAGCACUAAAUCAGCCGUCAACACCACCUGCUACAAAGACAAAACCAAGCCCAUCAUCAGCUAACACAGUAGGAGAAGAUGGAAUUCGUGGCAAUCAGAUUGCACCAGCUGCCAACUCGAACAAAAGUUCCCUUAAUUCGCAUUUUAGUGGUCACACCAGUGCAGCUAGUAAACAGAUCAAAAGCCCUGUGGCUCCAGUUUCUGAUAGUCUAGGAUUUGCUACUGAGCUUCUUAGUAACAGCCCUGAAUUGGAUCAAGGUAUCGAUAUUGAGUCUUUGACGGCAAAACUGGACCUUCCGCCUGAAGCUGAAGCAACUGAGACCCUUAGUGAACCUGUUAGUAAUGAUCCGUGUUUGUCGGUCAAAAUUCCACUUCCAAAGGCAAGUAAAAAAGGUGAUAAAAAGUCAUCUGGUCCAGGGACCAAGCAGAAUUCUAGUCAGGAGAAGAUCCAAAGCAACAAGACGCCCUCACCUAAGAAGCAAGUUAAGAUUAGUGGGAAGGAAACAAAAACUCCAAAAAAUUCUGCCAGUACCAAAGUUAGUAAUGGCAUUGAUAAAAACAAAGUCAGUAAAACGGCGAAGGGGGGAAAAGCUGCAACAGGAAUGAAAUCUUCAACGAAAAAGAAGGCAGAGACAAAGAACUCAGUUACUCCUGUUCCGAAACAAGAACUUCCUGUUCCCAAACAAGAACUUAAAUCAAAUUGCGAAGGGGACGAGGAAGAUGUUAUCGUUGACAUUCUUGGUGUAGAGAAUAGUCCAGUAAAUACUGAUAGCAAACCUGCUUCAGCUGCAAAGACAAAGGAAACUGAGAAACCUAAAAAAUCGAAAAGCAAGCCAGUAAAUGUAAAUGGAGUGCAUAAGCCUGUUAAUGGAGAUAAACCUUUUUCUACGUUGAUAUCUCCAAGUAGAACUAAGGACAUACUGGGUAAGAAUGUUGAAAUAUCCUAUGACGAUGUCAACAAGCCAGAGUCUCUUAUAGUAAAAAUUGACUUGUCGCUGUUAAAACGGAUACCUAGACUUCCUGGAAAUGAACUGAUCAAGCAAGAGCACACAUUAUUUCCUGUGGAGGAGACAAAUGGUCUUAAGGAUGUUAUCCGCUCCCCAGAAGUCAAGAUUAUUAAACGGAAAUCGUUCGAUGCAACAACAGAACGCGACACUCUUAAAAAAAUGAAGAGUGAAAGUGAAGCUGAUUCUAGCCAGUGAGUAUAAUAUUUACCAGUAAUCAUAUUUAAGCAAACCAUUUUGGAAGGCAUCAGCUCUUGAUAAAGGAAAUUUCAGUUUUGCCAAAGUGAGAGAAGGACCUUUUGUUAGGUUAAAGGAAGGCUUUUGUACACAUUGCAUCUUCUGCCUUUUUGCUGAUUUGUGCAUACAUGUAGGAUAUAGAAUGCGUAACUACUUCCUUGUGAAGGAUUUUAACUUUUCCAGCAUUUUUGUUUGUUUGCUUUUUUCCUCAGAGUCAAAAUGUUCACAAUACUAAAAGUUUGCUGCCAGGGGUACACUUCUUCCUUGUCCUUGGCUUUUGCAAGUGUAGUUUUACCUAACAAUGUGUUAUCUUUCCUCUCAAGGACAAAAGCGCGUGAGAGGUCAUUCAGCAACAGUAGCCUGAACAGUUGCCAUAACAAAGGCAGUCAUCGGAAACGUAGUCCAAGUCAUGAAGAAGAUUCCUAUCGCAUUAAGCGUCAGAGACAUGACAGUGAAAGCAAUAAAAUGCCUGGGAAUUUUAUGGAAAGUCAUCAGAAUGGCACAUUGUCAGAAAAUGGCAUUGAUGUCACAGACAGUGGUUUGAAGCCCAAGGAGUGUUCAUGCAAUGAAAGAAGCAACAUUGACAAGAGAGAAGCAGAUAUUGCAAGAUUGUAUGAUCCAGAACCUAGAGUGUAA